AGAUACGGUCUAAGUCGGAUUUCAAGACCAAGGAGGCUCAUUUCACAUCUUGAGCCACGAAUCCCAUCAAGUUUCUAUUAAUAAUCGUCUACCGACCAGAUUUUGCCGGACAUCAACUUGAGUAACAAUGUCACCGGCGACUUUAUUCCCUGGAGUUGCGGUGAUUACGGGUGCUGGAGGAAUAGGCAUUGGAGCUCAUACUGCAUUUGCAUUUGCGGCGGAAGGAUGUACAAGAAUAGCUAUCACAGAUCUGAAGGCGGACUUGCUUCAUCAGACUACGGAGAAGAUCAAGGCUCUGAAUGGAUCAGCUGAGGUACUUUCGGUGGCAGGAGACGUAACAGAUUCAGAAUUUGUCGAGUCAUUCAUGAAGAGUGUGGUUGAAAAGUUUGGACGAAUCGAUUAUGCCGUCAACUGCGCUGGAAUCUUGGGCAAAGAUCAGCGGUCUGGGGAGAUGGAUAUCUCAUCAUUUGAUGCCAUCAACAAUGUCAACUAUCGUGGAUGCUGGAUUUCAUCACGAGCGCAACUUCAGGCAAUGGUGCAACAGGACCCACUCCCUUCAAGCAAGCCAGGGCGACCAGGGUCGCGAGGAGCGAUUGUCAACAUUGCGAGUCAACUGGGAAUUGUGAGCCGGCCCAACGCACCGGCAUAUUGCGCGUCCAAGGCUGCGGUGAUUGGGAUGACCCGCUCAGAUGCGAUUGACUAUUCGAAGGACGGGAUCAGGGUCAACUGUGUCUGUCCAGGACUAAUCAAGACAGCAAUGACAACAGGGACCAAAGAGCUUGCUGAGUUGAUGGAACCUGCCGUGCAGAUUGCUCCAAUGGAGCGAAUGGGACUUCCUGAAGAAGUAGCAGACGCUGUCCUGUUUCUGUGUUCAGAGAAGGCAUCGUUUGUGCAGGGACAUGCGAUGGUAGUGGAUGGCGGGUAUAUCAUCAACUAGGAUCCAUCAUGUGCGUACGAAGUAUAUACAACAGAGAUUCCAG